AUGCGCAGCUACAGAACGCCGCUUGGACUGGGCAACUGGAACGGCCAGCCUCCAUCCGCCCCCACCAGCUCCCUCGUCCCCAUCGUCAUCGAACAGUCCCCACGGGGUGAGCGCUCCUUUGACAUAUUCUCGCGACUGCUCAAGGAGCGCAUAAUAAUGCUCAAUGGGCCAGUGAACGACUCCAUGUCCUCGGUCGUUGUCGCACAGCUUCUGUUUCUCGAAGCCGAGGAUCCCGAAAAGCCCAUCUCCAUGUACAUAAACAGCCCCGGCGGCAGCGUCACCGCCGGGCUGGCGAUUUACGAUACAAUGCAGUAUAUCCAGUGCCCGAUUUCCACGUUGUGUACGGGCCAGGCGUGCUCGAUGGGCUCGUUGCUGUUGACUGCGGGGUCGAAGGGACAGAGAUUUUCGCUGCCGCAUUCGUCCGUCAUGGUGCACCAGCCGAGUGGUGGGGCAGAGGGCCAGGCCUCGGACAUUGCUAUUCAUGCGAGGGAGAUUCUGAAGACUAGGGAGAGGCUGAAUCGCAUUUACUCGAGGCAUACAGGCCAGGGCUUGGAUGUUAUUGAGCAUGCGAUGGAGAGGGAUAACUUUAUGACGCCUGAGGAGGCCCUGGCCUUUGGGCUUAUCGACAAGGUGCUAGAGAAGCGCGUGCCGGAGAGUACCCCCGACGCCCCUCCGUCCCCUCCUUCUGCUGCACCGCCGAAGCAGUGA